ACUAUAAAGGGGUGUGAAUCCUGAAUCAUGCAGGGACACGGGGACCCCUGGCUCACAGAAAACACUGAGGAGUGAUGAAACUCCUGCAGGUCCUGGCUCUUCUCCUGCUGGGGAUGGUCUCCUCUCAUAAGAUGAACCGCGGGCCGCCGGACCCGAAGGCAUCGGGAGCAGAAGAGGUCGGGGUCACGCGGGACGAGCCCGGUGCGGAGGAGGAAGACGGAGAGACGUCCCCCGGUCCCGGAGGUCCCGGGGCCGGAGAUGAGUGCCCCAGGGACGAGGACGUGAUCCCCAUUACCGUCGGCAGGGAGGUCAACACCUCCAGCUUUCUGUUGAUAAUCAAGCCACAUAAUUUUGACGAAGCUCAGAGAGUCUGUCAGAAGUGCGUCAAGGGUCAGCUGGUCUCAGUCCACAACUUCACGUUCAACGAGAGGUUAGAGUUUUCGGCCAGGGGGCUCAACCACAACCUGAUCUGGAUCGGAGGCAAGGCGAGAGGCUUGGGUCUUCUCGGGAAAUUCCGCUGGGUGGACGGAACCCCCUGGGAUUUCUCCUUCUGGGCGGCAGGACAACCCACCAUCUUCGGGGGCCGCUGUUUGGCUCUGAACUCGCAAGGGGGCCACUGGCGCCGGGUCUUCUGCUGCCGGAAAUCGCCCUUCUUCUGCUCACUCUGAGCCGGCCCCGAUCUCGUCGUCCAUAAUCGGAGCUGUCGUCGGCCGGAGCUGCCUCUUCCCACCUCCGCUCCUGCCCCAGCUGGUGGUAUCUCCCUAGGGGCCGGGCCUCCCCGGCCCUUCCCCCGACCGUGGCCUGCCCCUUCCCCCACCCCCGGUCUGGCAGUAAACCCAGAUUCCCUGGUCCCUUC